AUGGCGAUGUCUACUAUCGACAUCCAUAUCAGCGGUUGGACCAUGAUGGCUUCUGUUUCUUCUCUCAGUCUGUCCACCGAGAAUCCACUCAUUUGUUCCAACAAGUUCAGCAAGGUGUUGGAACCUAUCUCGAAUAUGUCUUUUAAUCCACCCUCAAGCGUCCAAGUCACCUCACGUCAGAUCCCCAAGUGGGAGCGAAUCCCAAAUACCUCUAUUCAGUCAAAACCCCUCCUGAUCUACCACAAGGCAUUCACUGCCUCGCCCAGCGAACUGUCCGCGCGUUUUGAGCAGGCCGGCGAGGUAAUCCCGCAGUGGGUCUAUAGCAUGUACAAGCAAACCCAUUUUCACAGCACCACUCAUGAAGUUCUGGGGGUUGUCUCUGGACGUGCUCGGCUAUGUUUUGGAGGCGAGCAAAAUCCUGGCCGGGUUGAGCCAAUUGUCGAAAAAGGGGAUCUCAUCAUUGUUCCUGCCGGUGUAGGUCAUCGCUUGUUGGACGACCUUGGACCGAACGACAGUUUCACAAUGGUCGGCGCUUAUCCGCACGGCAAAGACUGGGAUAUGUGCUAUGGCCGCCCUGGGGAGGAAGGGAACAUCAAGAACAUCGAGAACCUGGAAUGGUUCCAUGGCGAUCCCCUCUAUGGGACAGAUGAACGAAUCGUCGUCCUCAAGACUCCAGACCCCAUGCCCCAAGCCUGUGAGAAGUCCAUAUGA